CCCCACCACCCAUCCGCGGGGCGCCACCGCGCCUGCGCCGCGCCGGGACUCCCUCGGCGGGUGACGCCACCGCGCGCCGCCGCCGUGACGUCGCGGAGGCGUGACGCAGCAGGCGGAGGGGGCGCGCGUGUUCAAUGAUUAUGCUGUGUUAGACCAACAGAAUGUUCUUCAUCAGUGACUUGAGGUGUUUCGAGCAUUUUUAUGUGAAGAGGGAUUGAGAUGGAUGAAAUAUUUUAUUGGCCAUAGCAGGAACAGGAUGUGAAAGGAACGUUGCCGUAUCUGUUAGAGGGCAUAAUGCAGAAUCCUUUAACUUUUUCUGCAGGUGGUGGUUUUUUUGCAUGCUAAUCCUGCAGAGAAACAUUGUGUCCAACAAAGUAUGCUGGGUCAGCCAAAACAAGAAACUUGUGCUGGAAAGACAGUAUCCACAGAUAAACACAAAUCCACUUCGGAUAUACUGCAAAGUUUUCAGAAGAAAAGUCAGUUUAGGACCAUCGCUCCCAAAAUGGUACCAAAAAUUUUAACAUCUGGAGUGGUUUCUUGCCUCCAGUCACCAGUGCCUGAACAAAACCCACCAAAAAUUUCAGCUGCAGGUUCUAAACCUCUGAUGGUGCCAGCUCAAAACUACGCCGUCAUGCAGGUUGCUGGUCACGAGGGGACUUUUUCUCUUUUGGCCUUGCCGUACGUUACCCCCGCCGUAACGCAGCCAAUGCAGCCAUCAAACAUGGCCCUUCCUGAAAACCUAAAGCUGCCUAUCCCGAGGUACCAGUCUGUGAGAAAUAAAUUGCUGAGUGACAAAAAAACAGCUCACGUCUCUGUUUCGGGUACCCAGAACAAGAUUCCUACCAAAGCACAGGUCUCAUCGCAGACUUCCCCCAUGACUACCCCAGCUGAAGACUGUCCUGAAACUCGUUCUAGUUCAGAUUCAUCAGAGCAAGUGAUGCUAUCAGACCGUGAUUCAUCUGAAAUUACAGCUGCCACAUUACUAAAUGAAAAUAAUUCCGUGGAAUCUGGAUCUCCUUUGGUGAACAAAAAAUCUGCUGCCAAUAACGUUUCUGGACCACCUAUAGUUAAAGACUCUUUGAGCAAGCCAGCGAGUUCAAGUAAUCCCAUGAAACUUAGUCUGCACUCCGUGAAGACGGCACCUGACACCACAAGGGAGUCAUUCAUUUUGUCUGAGAACCUAAAGGAAAAACCCACAAAUACUGCAAAUUCUGUUACUGUCCUUGCACCAGCAGUUUUUGGCAGUCCGAUACAGAUGACUCCAUCGACACCAAAAGGAAAACUUCCUAUUUUGCCUUACUCAAGAAUGAAAAAUCCAGUGUUUUGUAAAUCUAAGCAGAGUACUGCUGUUAUGGAUGUAUCCAGCCCUUUGAUAAGAUCUGACUGUGAAAAGACACCAGCUUCGGUGAAAACCUUUCAUAUUCCUUCUAAAGGAUCUGAUAAACGAUUAGCUCUACCAUUUACACAAGCCCCCAGACAAAGCAUUCGAGAAAAUACUUUCUCUCCAUCCAGCAAAGUGGAUGUUGACAGCCUUAAAAAAUUGAAUGGUACACCCUCGAAAAGAAGAGGCAGGAAGAGAAGAGCCCCAGAUGAUUUAUUGGCCUUUCAGACCAAGCGAAGGAAAUGCAUUGUUAAUAAACUUCGAGAAGGAAGAGAGAGGGUGAAAGCUGAUCUUCAGCCACCUGAAGAUAAAAAAGCAGAGGCGGUGAAAAAAUACCGUAGUAUUAGACCAAAACCGGUGGUGGUUGUGCAGGCUAUCACACCACUGACCUCUGCAGCCGUAGUAGAGGCAAAGUCUCCUGAGCGUUUAGGGCAAGAUACUGUUUUAAACAGUUCACUUGCCAGUAAAUAUUUAAGCUACAAGCAUAAUGACGCUACAUCGGUUAAAUCAAUUGAUUUAGGUAGAAAUGUGUACUCAGCUGUACCUAAGCCGUGGCAUAGAUGUCACGUUUGUAACCAUAGCUUCCAGUUCAAACACCACCUUCAGGACCACAUGAACACGCACACAAACAAACGGCCUUACAGCUGCCGAAUUUGCCGGAAGGCGUAUAUUCAUUCUGGAAGCCUGAGCACGCACAUGAAACUUCACCACAACGAAGGCAAGCCCAAAAAGCUUGUGUGUUGUGAAUUCUGUGCUAAAGUUUUUGGCCAUGCAAAGGUCUAUUUUGGUCACCUAAGGGAAGUACACAGGGUUGUUAUCAGCACCGAGCCCUCCAGUAGUGAGCAACAGCUGCAAGAUGCUCUGAAGAGCAGAGACACAAAUAUAAAGGAGGCAGAAGAAGCAACAGAAAGGGGAAACAAGUGCAAUUUGGAAGACCUGUUCCAUAAUCCCGGAGAGGUUAAAUUGCAGAUCAGAUGUGGUCGGUGCCAGUUCAUCGCACAGUCUUUUGCUGAAAUGAAGUUUCAUUUAUUGUGUUCUCAUGGAGAAGAGAUCCAGGGAAGAGUAAAGGAAGGGGUUUUGCAAGGAAGUAAAGGAGCUAAGGGGGAACUCAUCAGACAUGCAACACACUUCUGGAAACAGCGCAAUGAAAGAAGACAUUUAGCAAAAUGCAAUGCCCGUGAGGAGGAGUUUUAUGCUUUUCCAAAACUGAAAAGACAGAUAUACUUUCACCAUCAGAAUAAUGAUGAUAUGUUAUCUAAAAGUGAAGUGACUCAGUCAGGAAGCAGUGAAGCAGCCAAGGAGACGCAAAAUGUAGGUUGUGGUACACCAAGCAAAAAGAUUGAAAUUUGGUCUAAAGCUGGAUAUAACUGCAUUUUGUGCAAACAGUUAUUUGGAAGGAAAGAGGAUCUUUGUGAUCAUUGGCAGAGUCAUCAUAACUGUGAAGACCCUUCUAUUUUAUGGACAAUCUUUAGUUUGGUCUCAAAACAAGGAAUUAUCGAACUUUCCAAUAAUGGUUAAUAUUGAAGUGCAGUUCUACUGUGCUGUAUUGCUAAACUGACUCGUGAGAUGUACGGCUUCAGAGGUUGGUUUGGUAUGGUGUGUUUUUUUGUUUUGUUUUGUUUUUUUUUUUUGGUUAGCAGUUAGAAUCUUUGCCCACCUUUGUUUUGUUGAAUAGAAAAUGUAUUCAUCCACUGUCUUUCCAGAUGGGUACAUGCAGGCUGGUUAUGAAAUACUGUAUUUAAUACUCAUGUACGAGGAACUUAGCAGCAGCAAAUACUCAAUACUAAUGGUUAAAAUUAAGAAGAUACUCAAAUUACCUUAUACUGUACAUUAUGCAGAAAUAAAUCAGUUUACAUGAAGUAAUCCCGAUCUUGAAUGAAAUGGCAAACCAGUCUGAAAUUCUAAUUUCAAUCCCAACUGUGCUUCCAGAUUUUAUGCUAAAUUGGUAUUUCUGUACAAUUCUGUAGAUCAUUUGAAGGUGCAUAUAUGCAGCCCACAUUCAGGAGCUUUAUUAUCUAUAAUUUAAAAGCUUUUAAUGUUGUUUUCUUGAUUUCAGUCUUUUCAGCCACCAGGUCUUUUAGGAGUUAUAUUCUGUCCUUACAACAGCAGGGAUCUCUGGACUUUAAAGUGAAAAAUCUACAUGUAUUUUUUUGCCUGUAGCCCUUUGGAUUGAAGACAGGAGUUAGUCACCACCUGUGAAGAUGGAACCCUCAAAGCUUGACUGCUUUAUGGAAAAAAAAAAAAAAAAAAGAAGAAAGAAAAGAGGUUGUUCUAAAAAUAAUCUGAGAUUGUUACUUCAGGGAAGUUUGACAUUCUGCAAUAGGUUGCGUGAUUCACAAUGAACUUUAAGCAUUUUCCUUGCACCUCCUGUGACAGCAGCACUACUGCUGCAAACACCUUUGGCUCUGCCUUUAGCACUCUCAGUAUAUCUCUUUCAUACUUAUGCAGUUGGCCCGGUCUUUGGCUUCAAAGGAAAAUUGUUCCCCUGCUUCUGAGUCUAUGGUAUAGCUAAUGAGCUUUUUUCACUUGUAUUGCCAGAUUUACCAUAUUGUAGGAUUGGCCUGCAGCACCUUCACCCUCCAGUACCAGGAGCCAGUAGCAGUUUCCUGUAGUGGAUGUGGUGUUCCCCCUAAUGGACCAUUUCAGCACAUCCCCAAGGGGGCAAUUUCAGUUGAGGCUGUAAGGAGAUGGAGUUCUGGAGCUCAUUUUUUAUGAAAAGUUCAUUGAAGCCAUUAAAUCUGGUUUGAAAAUUGUGUUUAAACUGCUGUUACUUAAAUCUUUAUGUGUACCUGAAUUAUUUUGGAAGCGUUACCGGGGGACAGUGUAGGAGGUUACCCUCAGCAGACUUGCAGAUGGCACAAAACUGGGGGAGAGGGCUGUGCUGCCAUCCAGAGGGACCUUGACAGGCUGGAGAGAUGGACUGGUAGAAACCUCAACGAGGAGAUAUGUGAAGUCUUGCACCUGAGGAGGAACAACCCCAGGUACCAGGACAUGCUGAGGGCCUCCCAGCUGGAAAGCGGCACUGUAGAAAAGGACCUGGAGAGGUCCUGGUGGGCACCAGGUUGAUCACGAGUCAGCAAUAUGCCCCUGCCACAAAGGUCAGUGGUUACUGAGGGCUGAUGGAGGGAGGUGAUCCCACCUGGAGUGCUGGGUCCAGUAAUGGCCUCCCAGCACAAGAGAUAUGGAUGUACUGGAGAAAGUCCAACAUAGUGCCACAAAAAUUAUGAAAUGACUGAGAAGUCUGUCAUACAAGUAAAAGGUGAGAGAGCUGGAACUGGUUAGCCAAGAGAAAAGGCUCAGGAAGGAUCCUAUCAACAUCUAUAAAUACGUGGAGGGAGGGUGUGAAGAAGACAGAGACAGGCUCUUAGUGCUGCCCAGUGACAGGGCAGGAGGCGAUGGGUGCAAACUGAAAUACAGGAGGUUCACUCUGAACAUCAGGAAACACUUUUUACAUUGAGGCUGGCUGAGUCCUGGCACAGGCUGCCCAGAGGGGUGGUGGAGUCUCCUCAGAGACUUUCAGAAGCUGCCUGGACAUGGCCCUGGGCUCCCUGCUCCUGGUGGCCCUGCGUGAGCUGGAGUUGGGCCUGCUGGGCCCAGAGCUCCCUGCCAGCCUCAGCCAGUCUGUGUGGUUCUGUGAACAGCUUUGCCUGGUGUUGAACUACAAGACAAGUUGAGAAAAGUAAAAGAGAAAAGGAAAAUUCUCAUGGGUUAUGCUGCUUGGUGAAGUGGGAGAGUCCCUGUUGAUUUUUACAACCUCCUCCUUACUUACUGUUCUUAUAAAUACACAAUAGUGGUGUUUUUUUGUUUGUUCAUUUCAUUGCUUUAGAAUAUUGCUUUGUAUGCUGAACUACUUUAAAACAUUGUUCUUAUGCUUGUGUGACACCCAUCUUUCAAUCCCUACAAUGCAUUGAAAUUUAGUUUUCCUCACCAGUUAGAUGGAAGAUGCGUCAUAUCUGGAAACGACUAACUAAUUUUGAAGACAGCGUUUCAUAUGAAAUUGAGACUGUAUUUAAUGAAGCAGAGAGUGUUUACAUUUAGGAGUGUGUUGUGUUCUUUGUUUCCCACAACUUAAUCCCUUAACUUUCAAAAUCAAAGAGCUUGCUGUUUUCUGCGAAAUGGAAAUGUAAGAACAAUCCCUCCUUCCCAUAGUUAGCACCGAAUCAAAGGGAAGUUGAUUCCCAACAUGCAAGUGUGCAUUGGGCGAAACCCAUUAAAAAGGCUUGAUGGUGUGUUCAUCAUUUAAAACAGACCUUAAAUCAUCUUUUCUGCAACAUUAAUCUGUUCCUAAAUAUAGUUUAAAGUGAGCUGAAAUGAAUGCAGCUCUGCCACCGAGCUCCUCCUGUUCGGGAACAGCACAAACCAUGGCCAAACGGUCCUUCCAAAAUAUUUUCCAAAAGUAUUUGUUAAAAAUAGUGCAUUCUAUAGAGCCAGUGAUGUGAAUGAGUUGGACUGUGGUGGUUUUCGACCAGGAGGAGUCUCACUGCUCUCAUUGCACGUUGAAGAGGGGGUUGCAGUGCUGGUGGGGGAGGUUUGGGAUGAGGGAGCAGGUUGCUUUUUUUAAACUGGAAAUUCUCAUGUACUUCAAGUGCUUCACUUUCAUCAAAUUCUUGAGCUUCUCUUCCUUUCCCUAGUCCAGGCCAAAUGGGUAAACGGGUCUCAGCUUUCAGCAAUUUUAAAGCCUGAAAAACACAUUUUAAAGCAUGGUUUUAAGCUGUUUCUCAGUGUUCUUGUAAAUGUAUAAAUUAGAAGCACUUUUUUUUUUUUCUUUUUUCUUUUUUUCUUUUUUUUUUCCUGAGCCUGAAAGCAUUCUUAAGUUUCAGCCUAUUGUGAUUAUGGUAGAUCAUGAAAGGUUGGGAUUUUUUGAAAAUACAUCUGUAUUUACUGCAAAGCUGUCCUUUGUUUAAAAAGUGUUUGUUUUGAAUUUGUGUUGCUUUUGAUAGCAUUUGGAGGUAUAAAGUGAGCCUUAUUUACAGCAAUAUUAAAUAGCGCAUGUUUGCAGUUCAGCUGAAUGGUUGUCAUGAGUACGGUUUGCUGUUUACCUUGAAGUGGGACAAGUUAACAUCUGGUUUUGCACGUAAAUUAUAUUUUUAAAUUGUUAAAACGAAUGUUGUUGUUUUUUUAGCUGUAGUUUUGUUCCCCUCUGAUUUUUCAUUAAAUCUCUGUUUCAGCUUCCCUGCUCAACUUUAAAGCUGUUCCUCACAUGGAAAGUUGUUCCUUCAUCAUCACACCAUAAAUAAUAAAAGCUGGAUGAGUUCCACUGCU